CACACCGCCCCCUCCGGCGGGACUUCCCUCCCGCCCUCGGCUCGCCGCCGCGCUUUCCCCGCCCCUCACCGCAGCCUGCAGCAGCGCUCCCCGCCGCGGUCCGCCCGGCCCGGCGCCCCGGGGCCCGUUAGUGCCCGGCGUCCGUUCACAGGACGCCGCGCGACCCCCGCCCGGCGCGAGUCCGCCCCCGCCCCUUGACCCAGCCCAGUCCCAACGCCCAGUGCGGCCGCCCCGAGAGCCGCGGAGCGGCGGCGGCGGCGGGGGGAGGAGGGUGAGGAGGGCCGAGCCGGCGGCCGGGGAGGCCCGGUUUUGAAACCGCUUCUCUUGCACGAGUUAGGUCUCGCCCAGCCCUGUUUCUUUCUGUAUGUACUUUGCGCGAGUAAGUUUUGGAGCAUCGGUUAACAGCCUAUGGGUGAAAUUUGGCUUUCGUUCAUGAAUGAGGAAUUAUUCUUGACAGAAGUAUUUUAAAAGAAGAAACCUUUACAAUGGCCUCAGCAGUACUUAGUUCUGUUCCCACCACUGCUUCUCGUUUCGCCUUGUUGCAAGUGGACAGUGGCAGUGGUUCCGAUUCUGAGCCUGGAAAAAGCAAAGGUCGAAAUCCUGGAAAGUCUCAAACUAAUAAAUCAACUACAAAUGAGAAGAAGAGAGAGAAAAGAAGAAAAAAGAAGGAACAGCAACAGAGUGAAGCAAAUGAGCUCAGGAAUCUUGCUUUUAAGAAAAUUCCCCAGAAAUCCUCCCAUGCUGUGUGUAAUGCUCAACAUGAGCUUUUAUUACCAAACACAGUACAGAAAGAUUCACGAGAAGAAAACUGGCAAGAAUGGAGACAAAGAGAUGAACAGCUGACAUCUGAAAUGUUUGAAGCAGAUCUUGAGAAGGCAUUGUUGCUAAGUAAAUUAGAAUAUGAAGAACACAAAAAGGAAUAUGAAAAUGCUGAAAAUACUUCAACUCAGUCAAAGGUUAUAAAUAAAAAAGAUAAAAGAAAGACCCAUCAGGGAAAAGACAAACCUCUUACAGUAUCACUAAAAGAGUUUCAAUCUGAAGAUCACAAUAGUAAAAAGACUGAGGAAUUGAGUUCUUCUCAGACUUUAUCACAUGAUGGAGGAUUCUUCAAUAGACUGGAAGAUGAUGUGCAUAAAAUUCUUAUUAGAGAAAAAAGAAGAGAACAGCUUACAGAAUAUAAUGGAACAGAUAAUUACACAGCUCAUGAGCACAACCAGGACGUAGUUUUAAAAGAUGGAAGAAUUGAAAGACUAAAGUUGGAACUUGAAAGGAAAGAUGCUGAGAUCCAGAAGCUGAAAAAUGUGAUUACUCAGUGGGAGGCAAAGUAUAAAGAAGUAAAGGCAAGAAAUGCACAGUUACUGAAAAUGCUUCAGGAAGGUGAAAUGAAAGAUAAAGCAGAAAUUCUUCUGCAAGUUGAUGAAUCACAAAGUAUCAAGAAUGAGCUAACUGUACAGGUGACUUCCCUUCAUGCUGCUUUAGAACAAGAAAGAUCUAAAGUGAAAGUAUUACAAGCAGAAUUAGCCAAAUAUCAGGGUGGCAGAAAAGGGAAAAGAAACUCUGAAUCCGACCAGUGUAGGUGAUUCCAUUAGCCUUUGAGGUCAACACAAAAAUUAAAACUUUCAGGGUUUUGCAAAAAUGUGUAUAUUUAAUGCUGUACAACUGCUAAACUAUGCAGUUUUUGUUGAAGAAACUUAAAUCAUUAGCUCACUAACAGUCUAUAAUUUUUGGCUUAAAGUGAAAAGAAGAGAAAUAGAAUUCCAGCAGAACUCAGUGAUUAUUAUUACUAUUCAUACUUCUUAUCACUUUAGUUUUUCAUCAGUCAAUAAAAUUAAUUUACUCUUCCA